CUGAUCUACCACCAGCCUCCCGCAUCCCCCGACCCCUUCUUCGCAUGUCGGCUGUUCCUCUGGAUGCCACACCGGAUCUGGCAUCUGCAGCUGACAUGCCCCCAGCCUUUGUGCACAGGGUCCAUGACAAAGGCUGGGCUGUACAGGACCAUCCGGAGGGUCCUGGACAUCGACGGCUGGUAUCUCAUGGCCACUGAGUACCUGGAGUGCCGUCAAUGGUGAUCGCACAGCUGAGGUCCCGCACUCUGGGCAACAGUGCUGCUCGGCUGUGCAACACCCUGCGGGAGCAACAUUCAGACGCCUGGAUGCGGAGAGCGAUCCAGUACCUCGGCGUGUGCGAGCAGUUCCUGGCCUCGUGCUCGGUGAGGGUGCAGUUUCCUCCACCAUCACCCCAGAUGCCCCGUCUGGCUGCUGACGGUGUACGGCUACGACGUCCUGACGCGGCUGGACGAGUACAAGGCCAGGAUCACGUCCACCUUCGGAUCCAUCUUGAAGAUGGAUUCAACCGCCCCCAGUUGAUCUACGUGGACCAUGACUGCUGCAAGAGAGACGGCGUGUCAAAGACAGCUGCCUUGUUUCAGGAGUGGGGACAGCUUGUGGUUCGGCUAGACAUCUGGCACCUGAUGCGGCGCUUCGCAGCAGGUGUCACCACUGAGAGCCACGAGCUUUACCCCACCUUCAUGAGGCAGCUGUCUCACUGCAUCUUCGAGGUGGACCCUGGAGAUGCCCGCCGUUUCACCGAAGCGAAGCGGUCCCAGUUGGAGGGGAAACACGGGAUGGUCGGCCUGACUGAUGCCGAGGAUAUCCAGAGGAUCUCUAGAGAGGAGUGGAGGCUCCACUGUCGUCAGCGGAUGCGUGGGGCAGAGGAGACAGCACUCCUCAUCCAGGACCUCCAACACCUUCGGCAGGGCAGCAGGACGCGACAACCUGGACAUCCCGUUGCUAGACGCUCUCCGCAUCCAGGACAUUUGGAGUACGCAGAUGCGCCACCUCAGCUGCAUUCAGGACCCACUGGCAGGCUGACAAAGGGCGGAGUCAGCCUGCCGGUUUAUCGGUGCGCGAGGGGCUCCACAUCGCUGGAGUCCUUCCACCUCCACCGGUUCAUCCCAGGCGUUCCUGGUUGAUGGACUGGUGAGGUGGAACGAGGACCGCGCAGCAGCAGCAGGACCCCUGGGUGCAGCUGAGGGACAGGUGGAGCCUCUGCACUCCUACAGUGGCCACUUCAAGC